ACGAAGCAAAAACCAAAACAAAAACGAAAAGUUGAGUAGACAAAUAGAAAUAUAAAAAGAUACAAAGCAAAGUAGCGUUAAUAGUAUCAGCGAAGUUUGGUUCCGAAAUGAAUCCAAAGAGGCGGAGGAGCCGACGGAAUGAAUCAUUUGUACAACGCGAAUGUCGGGAAGUUUAGAGCAUAGUCAUCGUGUAUGCCUUCGCGAUUGAAUCGUCAGUUAAAUUUUUGGGUGGCGGUGAACGCUAGUAUAUAGCGGAGUAACGUGGCGUGCAUUAAAUAAGAACUAAACUUUUUUUCUACCAGCUUAUUUUGUGUUGCUUAAUUAUGUAGAAUGUGAUUUGCCAAUAUUGAAAUAUUUUGCUAAGUUAUUUAGUGCGGUUUAAAUCGAUUUAUUUGAUUAAAAUCUGUGAAAAAUGCCUAUAGUUAGAGCUCACGAAGGAGGGGUAGACAAUGAGAAUCAAAAUAUGAGAAAAGAAACCAAAAUAUAUUUAAAACAUAUAAGAAACAAGUGUAAAAAAGUUAUGUUUGACGCAACAAGCAUAUAAUAAUAAUAAUUAUAUAAAGAUUGUUACAAUUACCAUUAUUGAUAUCGGAAUCGACCAAAUAAAACAAAUAAUUAUGUAAAUUGAUUAAAAGUUAAAGCAAAGCAAGUUUUUGCAAAACCCAUUUUACCGUCCUUUCUUAUAAAAAAACUACUGUGCCUUUAAAACGGAAACUUCAUCUAAUCAUUACCCCCAUUUUGUUCAGCUGCGUUCAAAGCCUUUAUGAAAAAAAUUGUAGUUAUUUUUUUUUUGCUCUUAACUAUACGUAUUCCGCAACAACUCAGAGAAGUGGAAACUUGUUUGGGAAACCGAAUCUUCUACAACCAAACACUUCAAAGAUGUCGUCACUAAAGGUUGCUGUUCGUGUUCGCCCCUUCAAUGCACGUGAAAACGAUAUGGAUGCGCAGCUUAUUGUGCAAAUGGAUGGUAAGAAAACAAGACUCUUAAAGCCAAAAUUGCAAUCCAUACGCGAUGUUGGACGCGAUAAUCAUCAUGACUUCACAUUUGACUACUCUUACUGGUCAUUUGAUGAGCAUGACAGUCACUUUGCAACGCAAGAAGAGGUUUACAGCGAUCUGGGCACUGAUGUCAUUGACUGUGCUUACGAAGGCUAUAAUGCAUGCGUUUUCGCUUAUGGUCAAACUGGAUCGGGAAAAACAUUCACCAUGAUGGGUACACCAGAUAAUCCUGGAUUGAUACCACGUAUAUGUCAAGAGUUAUUUGCACGCAUGCGUGUUGGUCAAGAGUCAGGUACAGGCUAUAAAACUCACGCUAGUUAUCUGGAAAUUUACAAUGAACGUGUGAAGGAUUUACUGGGCCCACAUAGUGCUGGGCACGGAUUGCGUGUUCGUGAGCAUCGCACAUUGGGACCAUACGUCGAAAAUCUCUCCCAACAUGCCGUUUCAAAUUUUGAGGAAAUUCAGGAAUGCAUUGCGCGUGGUAAUAUUCAGCGUACCACUGCCAGUACAAAUAUGAAUGAUACGAGUAGUCGCAGCCAUGCCAUUUUCACUAUAACUUUCGUACAAGCCGUUUUUAUGAAUGACAUGCCGAGUGAAACUGUUUCCAAAAUCCAUUUGGUUGACUUGGCAGGCAGUGAACGAGCGAAUGCUACCGGCGCCACUGGUCAACGUCUAAAAGAGGGUGCGCACAUUAAUAAGUCCCUAGUAACAUUGGGUAGUGUAAUAUCUGCCUUAGCCGAGCAAACGAGCACCACUACAGUCGCGCUAGCGAGUAGUCCUGCACAAACAAAACGAAUUCUCUACAUUCCCUACCGUGAUUCCAUUCUCACAUGGCUCUUAAAGGAUAGUUUAGGUGGUAAUAGUAAAACCAUUAUGAUAGCUGCACUCUCUCCGGCCGACUGUAACUACAGUGAAACGCUAAGCACAUUGCGCUAUGCUAAUCGUGCGAAGAAUAUAAUCAACAAGCCCACCAUUAACGAAGAUACAAAUGUAAAAUUGAUACGCGAAUUGCGUGAAGAGAUCAACAAACUCAAGACCAUGCUGAAUGGCGACAUCAACACCGUACAGCCUUCUUUGAAAGUCUUGGAAGAUCUGCAAAAGAAGGAAGCUCAAGAGAAGGUUUUAACCGAAGAAUGGACUGAAAAAUGGAAGGAAGCACAAUCAAUUUUGCAAGAGCAAAAAAGUUUGGGUCUCCGAAAGUCAGGUCUCGGCGUCGUUUUAGACUCGGAAAUGCCACAUCUGAUCGGCAUACAUAACGAUGUCACCACCGGUGUAACUUUAUAUAGCUUAAAGGAGGGUGAAACACUAAUCGGUACUGAUGAUUCGGAAACUCCACAAGAUAUAGAACUUGUUGGGGAUGGUAUAUGUGCACAACAUUGUAGAAUUGUGUUGCAAGAGGGUAUCGUAACAUUACAUCCGUAUCCUGGUGCACAAUGUUGGCUCAAUGCGCAUCUCAUCGAUGAGCCAACCCAUAUUUCACAAGGCGACAUUAUCUUGCUAGGUCGUACUAAUAUUUUCCGUUUCAACAAUCCUGCGGAAGCGGCAAAGCUGCGUAAAGAUUUGAGUCGCUCACAACUCGACAUGUCGCGAUUGUCUUUGAUUACGUCAUCUCGUGAGAAUUUACUUACCUCCAGUUUUUAUUCGGAAGAAGACUCGAUGAGCGGUAGCAUGAAUGCGUCACCAUUUAAACGCCCCGAACGCCAAUACUAUCCAACCAAACCGAUGUCGCGCGACGAUCCAGAAUUACAAGAUGAAAAUCGCAAAAUACUCGAUACAAUCGAGAAUGCCUUGAAACAGCUGAAUAUUGAGCGCGUGCAGAUGCAUGACCAAUAUAAAGCGAAAGUGCGUAAACUAGCUGAUGAGCUGAAACGCUUAGAAACCGAAGAAAUAGACAAAUUGGAGAUUUUGCAUUGUCAGCAACAAGAACUACUUGCCAGAAAAGAUAUGUUGCUGUGGGAGAAAAAUAAUGAAAAAGUGCAGAUUGAUAUUGUGUGUAGACAAAUUUCAGCAUUUCAAACGCAGCUUGAUUCAAAGAAACGAGAUUUUUCAGAAUAUGUUGCGAAAGAGUUGCAGGAAUUGCAAGACUGUGGCAAAUUAGACGAGAUUGGCAUGAAAAUAGAAGAGUUCACUCCACUAUCGGAUCAAUUGCUACUACAAGUUGCGGACUCUCUAGAUUUAUUUGCAUCACAAUUUAUUAAGGACACAGUUAAGAGAAAUAAUGACGAAAUUCGAAAACUGGACGAAAAAAUCAUGGAAAAAGAGUGUAUUCUCAAUGCGAGUACAAAGAAAAUUGCUCAAGUAGAUGAAAAAAUUUUACAAAUACAAUUACAAUUAGAGAAAUUACAGAAUGAACGACAAGGAAAUGAAAGCAACUCGGAGGCUAUGCGCCAGAAAAAACUCGAAAUGAAUCUAAAUUUGGCGAAACAGAGUUCAACAAACACCGAUGACUCGAAUAUAGCUAGCGAUACCUACCACACAGCGCUAUCGAAUGUUUCACUUAAUUCCCCGACCAUUGUCGACGAUCAGAUUAGUCCACUAAGCACUCUCUCUGCGACAUCAGCAGACUUAGAUGAAACAAGUACCACAGAGAGAGGCAUGUCUUCAAGUGUAUCAAUCAUAAGCAACCCAUCUGACACUAGGGAGAUAGGCAACAACAAUUUAACGCCCAAUCCAUCAUCUCCAAAGGCGAUAAUGAGUGAUAGCGGUGUAUAUUUGGAUUCAAUGAGAACGACUCAACAGCAGUAUUACAAUGGUUUUGUUACCAGCAGAGCCAAAGAUAAUAACAAUAGACUCGGCGAAGAGUCUGGCUUAAAGGAGAGCGAUUUAACGACCGCCAAUUCUACAUUCAAUGGUGCUGCUGUACGUACAUCCGAUGAGGAUAGCGCAUCGUGCUCGUCAUGUGAAAUGGGUCGCAACUCGGAUGUGCCACGACCAUAUUGCUCUAUGCAUGCGCUUAGGCGUAAAAUUUCCAACCAGAAAGCCUUAAUUAUGAAGAAUCUCGAAAUGAAUGUGAGCAAGUCGCAACUAGAUGAACAAAUCGUGGAACUACAGGAACUGCAACGCAGACUUAUUGCGAUGGAAAAGGAAUUACUGGAAUCGCCGGGCGAUGCUGAAAAUGAUCAGUGGGGUACAUGUUUGCAACGUGAAAAUGACAUGAGCUACGAGUUAAGUGCGAAUGAUUGUAUGGAGGAGUCCUCCUAUGUGCCCAGCAUGACACGAUCUUGCCCUUCAAUGAGAGAUUUUCCCGAAGCCGAGCACUUCAUUACAAUCCCGAGCUUUGUGAUACGCGGCGCUGGUAAGCAAACACAUUAUGAAUACGAAGUGCGCAUCGCACUCCCUGAUGGUAAGCUAAACAUCUUGCGACGCUACAGCCGUUUCAGAGAAUUACACUUGAGUAUGAAGCAUUGCUAUGGAGUAAAAAUCAGCGCCCUACCCUUUCCAAGACGUGAGAUUUUCUCCUCCAAUAGUGAAUCGGUGGCUAAACAUCGAAGACGACUACUCGAGCUUUAUUUGCGACGUUUGUUUGUAGUCUGCACGAAAAUUCCGCAAUGCCCCAUUUAUGAGGGACCCGGCGGGCCGGGCCUCACCCGUGCUACUCUGUCUCAGCUGUCACCUUUUUUCAAGAAAGGUUUGUUCGAGAACGGCAAGCACGGGACGGGAUAAUAGUUACUCUACUGCUAAAUUAUAUCCUGCCUUUAGUAUGCCUUUUAAUUUAUUUUUACUAUUUGUUAAAUUAUGUUUACUUUGAAAGGUAAUUUAUACGUAUGUCACAAUCGAACUUUGAUAUAUAUCCUAAGUGUUCCUCAAUUUCAUAUUUACGCAUAUUUACAAUGUAUGCCAACUAUUAGUUUUUUUUUUAAUUUUUGUAGAAUAUUAUAUAAAUAAUAAUUGUAUUUGUUAAAAUUUUGUUUAAAACUUUAUUAAGAAAGCAAAGUAAACAUUAUGAAAUAUCUCCAAAACAAAUUGCUGUAUAUUCAGAUCUUUUUCGUGACAAUUCUAAACUGCAACUCAGCAACAGAAUAUGCCUUAUGGGUCAAAUACAUUACGCUAAUAUCUGCAAAGCAAACCUUAACUGCUGUUGUACCUGAUAUGGGCGUAAUAUAUUGAGAUCACUGUAACUUUGAAAAUUUAAAUGUAAAACAUAUUUGCGCAAUAAAAGAGUGAAAUGAAACAAUAAUUUGUACAUAUUUAAGCAUAUAUAUUUUAUAAGAUAAAGACCCAAAACAAACUGUGAUUAAUCUCUCGAUAUUACGGCGAAAAAUAAAAUGUGUAAAUGCCAGUUUAAUUAUACAUAUAUGCAGAGAGUAUGUACAUUUAGUUAACAACUUUCAAAACUGUAUUACAAAAACUGGCGUGUUUAUGGUUAUGCUUAUGAUGAAACAUUUAAUUCCACUAAAGUUGAUACUAAACAUUACUUAAAACGUUUAUUGUCUUUAACAUUUUCUACACAAACAUAUUCACAAUUUAAACACACACUAUGAAAUAAAGUGAAAUAUCUAUUAAUAAUAAAAGGUAGGCAGAAAGGAUUUAGCAGUAGAGUAAAUAAUACUAAUAGUUAAUAAUAUUAGAAUAAUAGUUAAUAAAAUUUACAUAUGUAUGAAUUUAGAUACCGGUAACUGUACAUACAAUUAGAUAUAAAUUAAUUGAAAAAAUUAUGUAAAAUUGUAUAAAUGUUGACACACGAUUUGAAAGUAGCUUGAAAACUACAAAAAAUAUUUUUUUUUCCUAUACUAAACUUUUCAUAUUCAAAAACACUCAUUACAACAUUAAGCUUUCGCCCUUGCUUUUGUAUCAAACAGUGAUUAAAACCUGUGAAAACUUGAUUAUUUGUAAAUUAAAAUUGCUUUCAAAACUUACUGCUAACGUAAUUAUUUUUGUUUAAAUACAAAAAAAAAUUCCUUGUCUUGCAUUCGAAACAGUAAGAACAUUUAUUAUAACCUACUUAGAAGUACAAUUCGAUGAAACUUCCAUCUACCAGUGCAAACUUGUUACAUUUCAUUAGAAAUUAAAAUGUGUAUUAAUAAAGUGGUAAAAAAUAUAAAUAUAUAUUAUUUUGCUGACAAGUUGUGACAUCUGUUCAAUAAGAUAUUUCAGUAUAGUUAAACUUAUUACCUAACAGUUAGUUAAAAUAUAUGAAUACAAUGAAGAUAAAGUAUCUAUGUAUGUAAAUAAAUGUAUAACAGUAUAUAAUAAUGCACAAAAUAUCGUUAUUACACACAUUUAUGCUCCAAGGCAUGUAAAUGUGUGUGCAUAUGCAAUGUAUGUAGCAGAGCUCAUUAGUUGCGGCCUAAUACAUUAUGCAUGGUUGUAAGCGUUACAUGAGUUAAACUAUAUAAAGUUGAAAACUUUUUUGUAGAAUUCUCUUCAUUAAACCAUUCCGAUGUGUAAAAAUAUAUCGAUAUUUGGUAGAUUGUUAAGCCGCAUUCAUGAAUGGCAAGGAUAAAUUCGAAUUUUUGUAUUAUGGCAAAUCUUAAUAGAUUAAUUACUUAUUAGUUCAAUAAUACUAACAACGCUUAUAUUCAGCUCAGUAUAACAGCUUGAAGCGAAAAUCAUCCUUUUGGUAUUUCAAAGACCUAGGUAAUGAUCUCUGAUAUGUACUAGGGGUGUUCCUAUUUUGUAGUUGUUAAAUAUAUAUCAGUAAUUCUCACACGAUA